UUCUCCUCUGUCAGACUGUAUACGCGCGGCGCCCGUCUAUACGUGCCAUCGCCAUCGCACCCACGCGCCGCCGCCGUCCACCAUUCCAGCUCCGGAAACCUCGGCCUCCAGUCAUCGCACUCGGAACCACGCACUCGUGUUCGACGAAUCGCUCCCGCACUAGCUGCGCCCCGGCAACAUGCCCCGCAUCGCGAGCGCCGCCCCCGACCGGUGCCUGGAGCUGGAGCGCGUCAUCGCCGGCCGCUUCAGCUCGGGAAGCAUCGGCCUCGACGACGCCGUCAAGCUGUUCGAUGAAUUGCUCCCGCUAGCCCGGCCCGCCUCGGUUCGCGCCUUCAACCAGCUCCUCACCGCCGUCUCUCGCGCCAAGGGCAGGGGCUCCUCAACCUCUGCGCUCGUCGUCUCCCUCUUCAACCGGAUGGCCCGUGCCUCCCCCACCAAGGUAGCUCCCGACCUGCACACCUACACCAAAAUCAUCGGCAGCUUCUGUAGCAUGGGCCAACUGGAUUUCGCUUUCGCUGGCUUUGGCCUCAUACUUAAGAAGGGCUUUAGGGUGAAUGCCAUAGUCAUAAAUCAGCUUCUCAAUGGUCUCUGUGACGCAAAGAGGAUGGGUGAGGCCAUGGAUGUAUUGCUCCGACGAAUGCCCGAGUUUGGUUGCACGCCUAAUGUCGUCAACUACAACACACUUCUCAAGGGUUUCCGCAAUGAAAAGAGAGCUCAGGAGGCGCUGGAGCUGCUCCGCAUGAUGGCUGAUGAUGGAGGUGGUAGCUGCCCACCAGACGUGGUGGCGUACAACACUGUCAUCAAUGGCUUCUUUAGAGAGGGUCAGGUGGACAAAGCUUACGGCCUAUUUCAUGAAAUGCUCGAUCGGGGGAUUUUGCCUGAUGUUGUGACAUACACCACAGUCGUUGAUGGUCUAUGCAAAGCUGGAGCAGUUAGCAGGGCCAAGGGUGUCCUUCAGGAGAUGAUUCAUAAAGGUGUUAAGCCAAACAUGAACACAUAUAAUUGUCUGAUCAAUGGAUAUUGCACUUCAGGACAAUGGAAAGAGGUGGUUCGAAUACUUAAAGAAAUGUCCACACAGGGUCAGCGACCAAAUGUUGUUACUUGUAAUUUGCUGCUGGACUAUCUUUGCAAGAAUAGAAACAGCACAGAAGCUAGAAAGAUUUUUGAUUCUAUGAUUGGAAAGGGCAUACAACCUGAUGUAACUACCUAUACCAUUCUGCUUAAUGGGUAUGCUUCGAAAGGAGAUCUUGCUGAUAUGCAUGAUAUCUUAGAUCUGAUGGUAGCAGAUAGUAUUUCACCUAACCAUCAAACCUUCAACAUAGUUUUCUGUGCGUAUGCUAAAGGUGGUAUGAUAGAUGAGGCAAUGCAUAUAUUUGACCAGAUGAUGCAGCAGGGGUUGAGUCCUGAUGUAGUCAACUAUGGAGCAUUAAUAGAUGUACUUUGCAAGUUGGGAAAAGUGGAUGAGGCCAUGCUUAAAUUCAAUCAGAUGACCAAGGAAGGGGUGACUCCUAAUAUCAUUGUUUUGAACUCACUAGUGUAUGGACUGUGCACCGUCAACAGAUGGGAGAUGGCUGAGGAAUUAUUCUCUGAAAUGCUGAAGCAAGGGAUCCAUCCUGAUGCCACGUUCUUCACCACAAUAAUGCGUAACCUUUGCAAUGAAGGACGGGUCAUGGAAGCUCAGAGUCUUGUUGACUUGAUGUCUGGGAGAUUUUCUGAAGCAAAGGAACUCUACCUCAAUAUGAUCAAAAGUGGAAUGCACUUGGACAUUUACACAUGCAACAUAAUGCUGAAUGGGCUUUGCAAAUAUAAUUUUGUUGAUGACGCAUUCAAAAUGUUUCAGAGUCUAUGUUCUAUGGAUUCUCAACUUAACAUUAUUACUUUCAACAUUAUGAUUGAUGCUUUGCUCAAAAGUGGCAGAAAGGAAGAUGCCAUGGGUAUGUUCACUGCUAUCUCAGCCCAUGGUUUAGUUCCAGAUGUUGUGACCUAUCACUUAGUGACAAAAAAUCUCAUUAAAGAAGGGUUGCUAGAGGAGUUUGACAAUCUGUUUUUGGCAAUGGAAAAGAGUGGAUGCACUCCAGACUCAGGUAUGCUAAAUGAUAUAAUUAGGAGGCUGUUGGAUAGAGGUGAGAUAAUGAGGGCUGGGGCUUACCUCUCCAAAAUUGAUGAGAAGAACUUCUCACUUGAGGCAUCCACUACUUCCUUGCUACUAUCAGUUCUCUCUAGGGAAGAAUAUUGGCGCCAUGCGAAGUCCCUGCCUGAAAAGUACCAUUUUUUUGUGGGUGUUGAUAAAUGAGCAUUAUUUCAAAUGAAUUGAAUUGUAACUGUAUCGAGACAUCUUGAUGUGACAUGCAAAUUUGUUGGAGUAAUUAUGUCUGUCUAAUGCACUGUCUCAUGCUCUAAUUUACUUUCCAUGUUCUGUGGUCUCCUUUUUUUAGAGAAUUGUUAUCCUGAUCUUCAGCAUCAAGUUAUCACCAAGUAAAAUUAUCUUGUUUUCA